AUCUUCAUCAUCCACACCCUCACACCUUUCAGCUUCAGACUUCCAUCUUUAAUGGCAAUCCCUCUCCCCAUUAUUGCUUCAUCCCUCAAGGGACAUUCCUCCUUUACGUUCCCAUCAGAAAAACCAGCUCCACCACCACUCCUCACCCAGAACAACAAUCGAUUUCAAGAAAGAUUAAAGAAACUAGAGCUUGCAACAAGAAGAACACUACCAGUUGUACUCACCCGAGUUCUGUCCGAGAGAAAUGAGUCCACGGCACAACAAGAGGAAGAAAAGAAGAAACUUUCACAGUAUUGGCGUGAGAUCCACGGCGAGAACAACUGGUCUGGUUACCUUGACCCCAUGGAUCCUCUCCUCCGUUCCGAACUGAUACGAUACGGCGACAUGGUCCAAGCUUGUUACGACUCCUUCAAUUACGAUCCUUACUCGCAAUACUGUGGCAGCUGCAAUUACAGUCCUCGUACGCUCUUCGAGAGCCUUGGUUUGACUUUUCUCGGUUACGAAGUCUCUCGAUACCUUUACGCAACCGCCGAUAUUAAGCUCCCAAAUUUCUUCAAGAAUCCCAUAUCGUCUAAGGUCUGGUCUCGAAGUGCGAACUGGAUCGGAUACGUUUGCGUUUCCAACGACGAAACCUCAGCCAAGCUAGGGCGUCGAGACAUAGCGAUCGCCUGGAGAGGAACGGUGACACGGCUCGAGUGGGUGGCAGACCUCUUGGAUUACCUCAAACCAGUCACAUCCGCUAAAAUUCCAUGUCCCGAUCCGACGGUCACCGUUGAAUCGGGAUUCCUAGAUGUCUACACCAACAAGGACAAGGAUUGCCGGUUCUGUAAGUACUCAGCCAGAGAACAGGUCUUAACAGAGAUGAGAAGUUUGAUGCUAAAGUACCCAAACGAGGAACUGAGCAUCACAGUGACGGGGCACAGUUUGGGUGCUGCACUGGCAGUACUGAGUGCGUACGAUAUCGUUGAAUCCGGUUUAAAUAAAACGGAGGAUGGUCGGACCGUACCGGUUACUGUGUUUUCUUUUGCUGGGCCAAGGGUCGGAAAUGUUCGGUUCAAGAACCGGGUCGAGGGUUUGGGGGUGAAGGUGUUGAGGGUGGUGAACGUUAACGAUGACGUGCCAAAGGUUCCUGGCAUGAUUUUGAACGAGAACGACCCAACAUUUUUGCAGAAGUUGACGGACAAGUUACCCUGGAGUUAUUCGCACGUGGGAGUUGAAUUAGCGCUCAAUAACAAGCACUCUCCUUACUUGAAGGAGACCAAUGACCCUCUCGAUUUUCAUAACUUGGAGGCGUAUCUGCAUUUGCUCGAUGGGUACCAGGGGAAAGACAAGAAAUUUAAGCUUUCCGAUGACAGGGAUAUAGCUCUAGUGAACAAGUCUUCUGAUUUCUUGAACAAUGAGCUAGUAGUGCCACCCUCUUGGUGGCAAGCUGCGUAUAAGGGGAUGGUGAAGAAAGACGGACGGUGGGUAGAACCUGAAAGGCCAACAAUGGAAGAUCAUCCAUCUGAGAUGGCCCAUCAUAUGAAGCAAUUGGGUUUAGAUUCUGAUUCAUAGAGAAGUGUAAGCUAAACCUUGUUGGCAUCUCUCUCUGAUCUCAUUCCCCUCAAGGAAAUAUAGCCCAUUUGUGGGAAGGGAUGGCUACACUGAAGUGAGAUUGAUAUAUGUAUAAGAUAAAAAACCAAGGUGAAAGCUUUUUUUUUGUUUUUAGCUAGUAUUUUGUGGAGUUUUGCAAUAGCAAACUCUAUUAUGAGUAAUCUUGUGGGUUCUUUUUUCGAUUAAAUAAAAGACAUGUUUAGUUUGCCA